CACUCUUCAAUAUCCACCAGGAGUUGGAUACUGGUCGUGCUAGCUAGCGGGCCAAAGUAGUGCCUAAGUCUUCCUCAUAUCUUCCACCCUUUGGCUUAUUAGUGGGAGCAAUACAUAUCAUUCAUUCAGAGGCAACAAAGGAGUUGUAAAUUAAGAGCAUGGCUGCACAAGCUCUUGUAUCAUCAUCAUCUCUUACCUUCUCAGCCGAGGCUACAAGACAAAGUCUUGGACCAAGAUCACUCCAAUCUCCAUUUGGCUUCUCCAGAAAAGCCUCCUUUCUUGUUAAGGCAGCUGCUACUCCCCCUGUCAAGCAAGGAUCAGACAGACCUUUGUGGUUUGCAUCAAAGCAAAGUCUUUCCUACUUGGAUGGCAGCCUUCCGGGUGACUAUGGAUUUGACCCUCUGGGACUUUCGGACCCUGAAGGAACAGGAGGGUUCAUUGAGCCGAAAUGGCUAGCAUAUGGUGAGAUAAUCAAUGGUCGUUAUGCAAUGUUGGGUGCAGUUGGUGCAAUAGCACCUGAAAUUCUAGGCAAGGCUGGUCUGAUCCCUCAGGAGACAGCACUCCCAUGGUUCAGAACCGGUGUGUUCCCACCUGCAGGAACCUACAACUACUGGGCAGACUCCUACACACUGUUCGUGUUUGAGAUGGCACUGAUGGGAUUUGCAGAGCACAGAAGAUUCCAAGACUGGGCCAAACCAGGCUCUAUGGGCAAACAAUACUUCCUAGGACUAGAGAAGGGUCUUGGAGGUUCUGGUGAGCCAGCUUACCCAGGAGGACCUUUCUUCAACCCACUUGGCUUUGGUAAGGAUGAGAAGUCCUUGAAGGAUUUGAAGCUCAAGGAAGUGAAGAAUGGAAGGUUGGCUAUGUUGGCAAUCUUGGGUUACUUUGUUCAAGCUCUUGUCACAGGUGUUGGCCCAUACCAAAACCUCCUAGAUCAUUUGGCUGACCCCGUGCACAACAACAUCUUGACCAGUCUCAAGUUCCACUAAAUGUAUUAUAUCAUAUUCUUUACCCUCUUGGUCUUGGUUCUUGUUCGCUUCGCAGUUACCAAAGCUCAACCACCUUUCUAUAUCCUCUCUUUGCUCUUUGGGACUCUACCAUCAUCUGGACAUUUUGUUCCUUGGUGUGCCGCUGUAAGAAUUGACAUGUAAAACAACUAGAAACAUUCGACAUCUUUAUCUUUUUGCUCGUUAGAUUAACCGUACCCAAGUUUUUAUUUAUUUGAA